AUGGACUCCAUCUCUAUGAUGGGCAGCAACAGGAACCCUGUGUUCCUCACAGCAUCCUCCUCCCACUUCCUCCAUCACAGCCAGGCCUGUUUCCUGACCAACAGCAUGAAAAACGGUGGUGUUGGAGAUGGAGGGACCACCUGUCUGCCCGCUCAGCCCACAGUGGCUAUCCUGGGCUCAGGUGACUUCUCCAAGUGCCUGAGCAUCCGCCUGCUGCGCCGGGGCUUCCAUGUGGUGGUGGGCAGCCGUCAUCCUAAACUAGCAGCCCAGUCCUUCCCCCAUGUGGUGGAUGUGACACACCAUGAGGAUGCUGUGGGGAAGGCCAGUAUUGUGUUCCUAGCCAUCCGCAGAGAGCACUACUCUUUACUGUGGGACCUCAAGCAUUUACUGGAAGGGAAGAUCCUGGUAGAUGUGAGUAACAACAGGAGGGUGAACCAGUAUCCAGAGUCUAAUGCUGAGUAUCUGGCUUCACUGCUGCCAGACUCCACCGUAGUGAAAGGAUUCAACGUCAUCUCAGCCUGGGCCAUGCAGCAGUCCUGCCCCAAAGAUGCCAGCACACAGGUGUUCAUCUGCAGUGACUCUGUUGAGGCUCGUCAGCAGAUUAUGGAAUUAGCCCGCCAACUCAACUUCCAGCCGGUGGACAUGGGCACCCUGUCUUCUUCACGGGACAUUGAAAACAUGCCUAUACAGUUAUUUCCUGGCUGGAAAGGCCCCGUCCUCGCUGCUGUGGCCCUCUCCAUAUUCUUUUUCACCUACUCAUUUGUACGGGAUAUCAUCCAUCCCUAUGUCAAAAACAAACAGAGCGACUUCUACAAGAUCCCCAUAGAGCUGGUGAACCGGACACUGCCCACUGUUGCUAUCACCCUGUUAGCUCUGGUGUACCUGGCAGGUCAACUAGCUUCAGCUCACCAGCUUUACUAUGGCACCAAGUACAGGCAUUUCCCACACUGGCUGGAGGGCUGGCUGCAGAGCCGUAAGCAGCUGGGCCUCCUCAGCUUCUUCCUGGCUGCUGUCCAUGUUCUCUACAGCCUCUGUCUACCAAUGAGGAGGUCUGAAAGGUACCUGCUGCUCAACACCGCCUACCAACAGGUCCAUGCUAAUGUGGAGAAUGUGUGGAACGAGGAGGAGGUGUGGAGGGUGGAGAUGUACGUUUCUUUUGGGAUCAUGAGUCUUGGGCUCCUCUCGCUCCUGGCCAUCACCUCUAUCCCAUCUGUCCACAGCACACUCAACUGGAGAGAGUUCAGCUUCAUACAGUCCACUCUGGGCUACAUCGCCCUGCUCAUCGCUACCUUCCACGGUCUGCUGUUUGGCUGGAAGCGAGCCUUUGAGGAGGAGGCCUAUCGCUUCUACCUGCCCCCAAGCUUCGUCGUAGCCCUAGCCCUGCCAGUGUGUGUGAUUCUGGGGAAGGUGCUGAUGUUGCUCCCUUGUGUGGCCCAAAAGCUCCACCGGAUCCGCCGAGGCAUGGACAGCAGUCAGUACCGGUGUCAACGCCUGGAGCCAGUGGGCUCAGCUGCCCAUGUUUCACCUGAAAGAAUCACCAUCAUGUGA